AUGAAGUUUUCAACCACUACAGCUGUUUCUACUUUGGCAUUGCUUUCAGCUACUGCUGUCGACGCUUUAACGAUUCAAAACCCAUUCAAUGGUCAACAACCUUUGAAUUUGGAUUUCAAUUACGAAAAGUAUGCCUCGCAAUUGUCCCACUUGUUGUUUGAUGAACAAAAGCAAAAUGAGUUCUUUACCAAGGUGUCUGCUCUUUUUAAUGAGCCUUUAGAAUCAUUGACUCAUGAGACAAAAAAAUUAUGGUCAGAUAUGAUUUUGAACUCGAAGCAAUUUGGUGACUUGAGAUUUACUAUCCCCGGAAAAGCUGGUAAAAUUGUUAAGCAACAUUUUGAUUUCCACGUUAAGGAUCAAACUUUGCCAAACCACCAAUUGCGGGUCAAGUCUACACCAGAAGAUUUGGGUGUUGACACUGUUAAACAAUACUCCGGAUAUUUAGAUGUUGAAGAUGAAGAUAAACAUUUCUUCUUUUGGGCAUUUGAAAGUCGUAAUGACCCAAAGAAUGACCCAGUUAUUUUGUGGUUGAAUGGAGGUCCAGGAUGCUCAUCCACCACUGGAUUAUUUUUUGAAUUGGGCCCUUCAUCAAUCAACAAGGAUAUACAACCAGUCCAUAAUCCAUAUGCUUGGAACAACAACGCUACUGUUAUAUUUUUGGACCAGCCAGUCAACGUCGGUUAUUCGUACUCAUCAUCAUCGGUUUCAAACACGGUUGCCGCUGGUAAGGAUGUGUAUGCCUUUUUGGAAUUGUUUUUCAAGCAAUUCCCUCAAUAUGCCAAGUUGGAUUUCCACAUUGCUGGUGAGUCAUAUGCUGGCCAUUACAUUCCUGUGUUUGCCAGUGAGAUUUUGAGUCACCCUAAACGUUCUUUCAAUUUGACUUCUGUUUUGAUUGGUAAUGGAUUAACUGAUCCAUUGACUCAAUACGAGUACUAUGAACCAAUGGCCUGUGGCGAAGGUGGUGAGCCAAGUGUUUUGGAACCGGAAGAGUGUCAAUCAAUGACUGAUGCUAUCCCCAGGUGUCAAUCCUUGAUUCAACAAUGUUAUGAGUCAGAGUCAGUCUGGAGCUGUGUUCCUGCAACUGUUUACUGUAACAAUGCUCAAUUGGGACCAUAUCAAAAGACAGGUAGAAAUGUUUACGAUAUCAGAACAAUGUGUGAAGGUUCAAACUUGUGCUACGAAGGUUUGGAGUAUAUCGACACAUAUAUGAACAAACCAGAAGUUAUGAAGGCUUUGGGUGCCGAAGUUUCCAGCUAUGAGUCAUGCAACUUUGAUGUCAAUAGAAACUUUGUUUUUGCCGGUGACUGGAUGAAACCUUACUUUAAAAAUGUGAUUGACAUUUUACAACAAAACUUGCCAGUCUUGAUUUACGCUGGUGAUAAAGAUUUCAUUUGUAACUGGUUGGGUAACCAAGCUUGGGCUGAUAAAUUGGAAUGGAGUGGCUCCAAGGAAUUCUCCAAAGCUCCUGUUAGAAAAUGGAAGGUUGAUGGUAAACAUGCUGGUGAUGUUAAAAACUAUGAACAUUUCACUUUCUUGAGAGUCUUUGGUGGUGGUCAUAUGGUUCCAUACGACCAACCAGAAAAUGCCCUUGAUAUGGUUAACAGAUGGGUUUCUGGAGAUUAUAAAUUUUAG